AUGCCGCAAUACUUCGAAACGUCAACUUAUCCUCAGUCGGCGCCAUUCAGCUGCGUGGGUCGUCGUUACGCUCAACCACCACCCGGUCCCCUCUUCUCCUCCCUAUUUUGGAGUCGACUCAAAAAUACAUUCAGCUGCGUGGGUCGUCGUUACGCUCAACCGCCACCCGGUCCUUUCUUCUCCUCCCCCGUGCUGCCCAUGUUUCCCGUCCAUUUCCGUUACAGUCUUACCCUACAUUGGACCGUUCCUGCCGGCGGCGCGAAGGUGAAGUUUGCCCUGGAGGCGGACGGCGGCUCGAACGCCGCCAAAGGCUGGAUGUCCGUCGGAUUCUCAUCGGACGGUGAUAUGGUGCCCGCCGAUGCUGUGAUCGGAAACAUGGGCGGCACGGGGGUCUACGCGUAUCGUAUGUCGGGAUACGAUCGAUCCGACGUGGCGCGAACCUCGUCGUUCACGAUCUACGCGCCGGGGCUAUCUACCACGUCAUCGAGGACGAUCAUGACCUUCACUCGGUCCACGUCAGACGGGAGCGUGAGCGUCAACCCGACCGGCUCCAACAAGCUCAUCUGGGCCUUCUCCUCCUCGGGCUCCAAGACUCUCGCCUACCAUGGCGGCAAGUAUGGAAGAACCACAGUUGACUUUUCUUGCUCCUCCACGUCAUCCGGCUCGGGAUCAGGCUCGGGUUCAGGUUCGGGAUCAGGCUCGGGAUCAGGCUCGACGGGUAAUGCCUGUGCCAAGUCGACCCUGACUGGAUACUCCUAUCAAACUCCGUUGAACGGCAAUAGCCUACUCCUGCAUUGGAACAAGGCGCGUGCCAACGGCGCACUCACAAUGGCGGUAGAGGCCAAGUCGGGAGCAGCCAAGUCUGGUUGGAUUUCUCUCGCAUGGACCGCCAACAACAAGAUGGCUCCUGCCGAUGCUGUUUUCGGGAAUCUAGCGGGCGGCAAAGUGGGCGCGUACUACAUCAACGGGUACACUGUGUCCUCGAUACAGCCCGCCUCGUUUUGGAUCGGGCAGACCCCGCAAACGGUCACUUCGGCUUCUGGCUCGACUGUGGUCAAGUUCUCUCGCAAGCAUUCCACGGGGUUUGUAUCGCGCUUCCUGGCGUACAACAAGAACAGACUCCUGUGGGCCUACUCCCCCUCGGGCUCCAAGAGCUUGGGCUACCAUGGCGGCGCAUA